AUGUCAAAGAAGCUGCCAACACGCAAAAGAACAAAGAAGUUCACUGGCUGCUGGACAUGUCGUAAGAGAAGGGUAAGUUGCGACGAGACGAGACCUGUUUGUGAGAACUGCAAGUCAACAGGAGUUGAAUGUGGGGGAUAUGUCAUCAAAUUAUGCUGGCAACGGGACUCAAAGGACUCUUCCAUAGCGUCGUUCGAUGGUACAAGGAGCGCAAUACUGUACCGAUGGAAGGAGGAGGAUCUUUUGAGCAGAAUAGAGGUGGACUACUACUUAGAGAGAAUAGAGACGGUGUCCUUGUACAAAGAAGUGAAAAAUUCUAAGCCUGAAGACGGAUACGGUUGUGGUCCGUUUUCCGUUUUCAGAGCUGGGAAGGACUACCAAGCGAUACAGCCAGAAAAGUCUCCAGAUAGGAUAUCAGAGAUUGAGGCGAAUCCAAGCUUUGACGAGGGUCAUAGCUUCCCCCAAGUAGUUGAUGAGGAUUUGGCAGCGUACUAUCCAACACCAUUGACUCCCCUGAAAUCAAGAUUUGACAUAGAACAGAAGUUGCAAGACAUCUCGUUUUCUGGACUGAAUGGGAGCCUCAAAACGGAAACUUUACUACUCGAAUUCUGGGAUCUGUAUCUGAGCAAGCUUAUGACCCCCGUGGAUGACUCUAAUGAGACAAACCCUUACCAGUUGAUCCUGAACACCGCUCUGACGGAUCCAAUAUCUCUGGAGAUACAAAAGGCUGUUAUCCACUCAACGUGUGCGACUUGCUCCACAUUUCUCUCCAUUUGUAGAGAUCGCACGGAUGUACCACAGGAAUACAGAGACCUCAAGUUUGAUGACUAUUGGAAGUUUCACAAAAUGCAAGCCCUCGACUUUGUUUCCGCUGCAUAUCCUCUGAAAGAAAUAUUAUCAAGCCAGGAUUUGGGCCUGCUGAUGGCAUCCAUGUUUUUCCUUCUGACAAUUGAUAUUUUCCACAACUCGUCAGAGUGGCAGAUCCAUUUCAGAGGUGCAGUUUCAACGCUAAAGUCCAUGAAGGCCUUUGAGAACUUUUCCAUUGAAUCAUACCUUGAUUACGACACCGACCUAUCUCACGCGAUAGUGUUUUUUGCCCAGCUCACGAAGCUUACCUACCUCUUCAGUACGCUUUAUCUUUCUGACGAGGACGUCUUCAACAAGUACAUGUCCGUCUUGGAGUUCGAAUCUAUAUGCAUCCUUGAAGAUGACGAUAGCAACUCUCUGUUGUACAAAUAUGAGGGUGUCACCAACGGUCUGUUAAAAAGCUUAACUGACGUUAUCAAGUAUUUGCAGUUCAGAGAUUCGCAUGAGACGGAGGUGAAAUCAAUCUCAGAAAUCGAAAAAGACCUUAUCAAGUGCAAACCUGUGUUUAAAUCUUUGGACGACGACCCUGUGAACUCCAAAAUUUUGCAUUACCAAUCCACUAUCUUCUACGUUGCGGUGAAACUUGUUUUUCUGAGGGAGAUCAAGAACGAGCGCCUCUCCGACUUGCAGGAAUUAGUGAACGUGGGAAUCGACCAUGUGGAGCUCAACGACCAGAUAUCACAGUCGUCCAAGGGCUCUGGCCUAUUCUGGCCCUAUUUUGUGAUUUGCUGUGAAGCAAAUACGGUUGAAGGCCAGUCGAGACUAAAGAAAUGGCUCGAAACUGUUAACCCGUUCGUACCUAGUAUGAAGCGUGGUAGUCGGGUUAUCUAUGCUGUUUGGGACAGAAGAAGUAAGGGAGAAGAUGUUAGUUGGAUUACCGUUAUAAGGGACACGGACCCAACAUUACUCUUAUUUUAG